AAACUUUCCCCGCUCUCCAUGGAAUUGAUUUCAGUCCUUUUUAGCUCUACUCAAUGCUGGACAUGGCAAAAGCAGUUGCGGUUUUAUCUGGUUGGAGAUGGUGUAGUAGCGCGGCAAGUGAACAGCGAAUUCUCCUAUACCUACGAAUAUCAGGGAAAUACCUCGAAGCUAGUUCAUACACCGUUAACAGACAAAUGCUAUCUCACACUCACCCAAGCAAUGUUCAUGGGACUCGGUGGUAAUCCGUACGGACCUGCUGGCACCGGCAAAACUGAGUCUGUCAAGGCUCUUGCAUCGCUUUUCGGACGACAAGUGUUGGUUUUUAACUGCGACGAAGGAAUUGAUGUUCACUCUAUGAGCCGAAUUUUCAUCGGUAUCGUACAGUGUGGGGCAUGGGGCUGUUUUGAUGAGUUCAAUAGAUUAGACCAGACCGUGCUAUCUGCGGUUUCCAUGCAAAUUCAAACAAUCCAAGAUGUCAUCAAAUCAAAAAGUGGCACCUGCACGCUUGGAGGAAAAACGGCUACCGUGGACUCAAAUGCCGCGAUCUUUGUCACACUGAAUCCAGCCGGCAAAGGAUAUGGUGGCAGACAGAAAUUGCCUGAUAAUUUGAAGCAGCUUUUCCGACCAGUCGUCAUGUCUGUUCCCGAUAAUGAUGUGAUCGCUGAGACUAUAUUGUAUUCCGAAGGUUUUACCGAAGCACGGAUCCUCGCACGAAAAAUCGUAACAAUUUUUAUGCUAAGCAAAGAGAUGUUAUCUGCGCAGCAGCAUUAUGACUGGGGUCUGAGAGCUCUUAAGGUACGCUAUAUUACAAGAUUUCUUCCUGGAGAGUGGAUCCAAUUCUUUGCGCUAAAUAAUUUUAUUUCUAAGGUUGUUCUUCGUGGUUGUGGCGACCUACGCGCUUCCAAACCAGAAGCUAAUGAAAUCGAUAUUGUAGUUCAGGCUCUCCUCCUUAAUACACUCUCCAAGCUCACCUCGUCAGACUCGAAGCGAUUCAAAGUACUUAUCGAUGACAUCUUUUCGACAACAAAUAAGGAAAUGGCCACUUUUGGCGAUCUCGUCGAGCCUUUAAAGACAGCCUCAGCGGAGAUGAAUAUAGAGAUGACGGAUAAGCAGUUACUUGGCCACAUGGAUAUUGACACUCGCGAAUGGUCUGAUGGUAUUUUGACGAUGGUAGCCAGAGAGGUAGUUGCAUAUAUGGACUUAAAGGGAGCAUCCACGGCAACAUGA